UGGAGGCCGACUUCUGCGGCAACUGACAAACUCUCCCACUUGCCUGUCUCAGCAUGGAUGGGAGGGUCGAGACCGAAAUCAACAUGUCGCCCACCUGCGUUCUUUUGAGGUGGCGUUCCCCGGCUGCAGGGAUGGACCUAAAACCUUCGAGAAGACCUCCCGACAUGGAACGGCUGAUGCCCAUUGGAGUGAUCAACCCUCUGUUCCUGCUUUUGUGGUCCAUGGUGGGGGGCAGAACUUGACAGUGGGAGACGUGCGGGAAAUAGCAGG